AUGACCUCUCGAAACGGGCGACGGAUCAGCGACGAGAAGCUUGGUGGUCGUUGGGAUCCCACUCGCGAUGGCAUAAAACCAAUCGAUCUGAACAGGCUCAAUCCUGAUACAACAGGAGCGUCGACUAAGUUCUGGGCAGAACUAAGAGGACGUCGAGUUCUUCUGGAUGGCCGAUGGCAUGGCUUUAUACAUGGUAUCACCCAACUGGGCGACGAACCUGCUGAUGGAGGAUCUCCUGCCCACUCGAUUUCUAUACGUCUAGUAUCUCAAGACUCUGAAGUGAAGAUCGAUCCCACGACAGCUUUGAAACACACACUGAAGGCCUUCCCCAGCCAAGGCAGUCGACUUGAUGCAUCGGAUCAUGAGUAUUGCUAUGGGAAGUUCGACUUGGUCAUCGUCGGUGGUGGGACCGCGGGAUUGGCAGCAGCGACUGCUUUCACUGAUAUCGCCAGGCCGGACAGCAAUGCUCUCUUGUUGGAGGCAAACCCAACGGAAUUGGGAGGGAGGGCAACUCGUAGCGUUCCGAUUGAUAAUAUCAACACGGUGAACACCUGCGCUUGGUUCGCUACUUCAUCUCCCGAAGAUUCCGAACUUACUAACUUGUUGCACAAUAGCCUCAAGAUCAAAUGUGAUAAGAAAUUCCGUUGGGAGAACCUCACGGCUGGCGAUACCGGUUUCUUCUUUGGCACCUCUCCCGUUAGUCGGGAUAUGGUCGACGCUUGUUUCGCAUUCCAUCAAGCAUGCGUGGUCGGGUCCUUUCUACUCCUAUGCCAAGAUGACGCCUUCCUCCCCCUAUACGAUCGAUUCCGGUCUCAUUACAUGUCAAUGGUCCGGGAUGGUAUCGUGAAGGAAAAUCAAUUCUUAAUUUUUGUCACCGAGAAGACGAGUGAUGGAGCGUCAAAGACCUCUGAAGCUGAGGCGGUUCUCGACUACAUGCGUUCUGCGGAGUUCACGCAUACAGGGGCUCCAGACUUGUCCCGUGCUAUGACUGAAUCAGAGUAUCUCACUCGUAAGAUAAUCAUGAAUAUGAGAAGUGCUGCGAAAGAGGAAGCCAGCAGCAGCAGCCCCAAGGCUCUCGACUUUGCAUUCAGAGACGUCCUCACGGUUGUGUCCGCCUUGCGGCAAGUUGACCAUGGGCAGCUGGCGACGUGGAUCGCAAAAGGUUUGGACGAGAAGGAGCAGCAGCUCGGUGAUGGCGUUCCCGAGGACCUGGCCUGUACACUUCGAGAUUGGGCUCAAUUUGCGAAGGAUGACAAGAAGGGAAAAGGUCGACCCCGCGGGUACGGUGGAUUCAUCCACGAUGGCCGUCAAAUCGGCUGGGGCGUUAUGAUGUCAGAAGUGGUGAACAUGGUGAAAACCCACCAGUCUCGACUCGAGGUCAUCUGCGGCGCUCGAGUAAGGAAGAUCGAUGGCCCUCACGGUGUCAAUGAUUGGACCUCUGUUGUGUGGUUUACCCUACCCGGUCUUGGUUCCAACGUGAGGUUUGUUCUGUGUAAGAAUGUCAUCAUUUGUUUACCUCUACCGAUCGUUCAAAGGGCUGAUCCAGUGUCUGUCCUUCCCUCACCAAUGGGUGCUACUGCCCUUCAAAUAUCGGGAAUUCCCGAGGAGGAGCUCACUCGUCUGAGGGCAUCGUUGUCGAAACUCUGGGCCGGCUUCGACGAACGUCUUAUCUACACCUUCAAGGUCGCACCAUGGGCCCAAGGAGAGCCGACUCCGUUUCCUGAGGAGUGGAAAUCACCAGAGUGUCAAGGCUGGGACGACCUCGAAGUCCUCAAGAUUGCGAGUAUGAGUUGCUUACGGUUCGUCAAUAUUACGAAGUAUUAUCCGCGAGCAUAUCAGUUCAAGGCAGUAUUGGUCGCAUGUAUCUCCUCGGCGACGUCUCGAAGUCCCCAAGGCUGGCAUGCAUUCGUUAAAGUGGCACUGACAAGUCUAUUCAAAGGCUGCACUACUGUCCCUGAGCCUCUGGCCAAGCAUUUGAUCACCGACAAUCUCAUUCAAACUGCCUUCUGCAAGAUACUUCCCGGUUUUUCAGAAGAUCAGCAUAGUCUGGAUAGGCCUUUGGGAGCAUUCAAGGGAGCUCUCAGACUUGCUGGUGAGUACACGAGUAUCAAUGCUUUUGGAACGGUCGAUGGAGCGUGGCAAUCUGGUCGCCACCAUGCCGUUGAGAUCAUCAGAGAGCAUGUUGAGAAUCAUCAAGCAUCUCUGGACGCUGAGUCAACUCACAAUGAGACGGAGACCGACCUUGUCAAAGUUGGCGAAGACGAGAGCUCGAUUGCUCAGACUAGUAUUCCGGCCUCGGCUGCUGACGAUGGAGUAGUAGAUUCUUGCCCCCCUCGAAUCGUCAUUCAGCCAACUAUGCGAGACAUCGAUUGUUUCUCUUACGGCUUCCGGUAUGUCAAGAGGACCCCUGAGUUUGACCUUGUGUGCCCAGCACGGAAGAACGUCCGAGAUGCCCAACUCGACCGUGAAGUGAUUGAGGCAUGGGUAAAGCGAGUUCAGCCUACGUACGAGGACUUGAACAAAUUCAUAAAUGCAAUAGUCGAAGAGAGCUCCAGAGGAAGGAACUCCGACGUCUGUGGCCUUGCUGAUUUCUAUGCGGAGGCGGUACUCAAGGCGCGUCGGAUGAUCGUUCGACCAUGGGAGACGAGCGACUAUCCAGAUCUCGGCACUAUGAAAGUGAAACGGCUAAAGAUCGAGCCUGACGACGCAGUCGACCAACGGGCAACAUCAAGCCGAUCAAGCGAUGGCAUCGAAGCUGUGGCCGAGGGAGGGUUCAGAUAUUACGUACACUGGGAGGGACAGAAAUGCGACACGUACGCACUCAAUCGCUCUCCUAGGACUGCAAAACGACCGAAGAAGCCUGGAAACAAAGACGGCGAUGACAUGGUGAGGAGAAUGACCGUUAGCAGUGACUGGAAGUUGAACAAGGCGCUCAUUGUUUAUUGA